AUGGCAAAGUUUAUCCUAUUCGUGUUGUCAUUAGUGUGUGUAAUUGCUUUGGCCACUGCGCAAAGUAGCAUUGUGCAGUCUACUUAUCAUUUGUACCAACCUGAGCAGCAUAAUUGGGACUUGCUUGCUGUGAGUGCAUAUUGUGCCACUUGGGAUGCAGACCAACCCUUCUCAUGGCGAAGCAAAUAUGGUUGGACAGCAUUUUGUGGACCUGUUGGGCCUCAAGGCCCACCUUCUUGUGGCAAGUGCUUGAUGGUGACAAACACUCGAACAGGAGAUCAACAAAUAGCUAGAAUUGUAGAUCAAUGCACAAAUGGAGGUUUUAACUUGGACGUUAGUGUGUUCCAAAGACUUGACUCUGACGGAAAUGGAAAUGCUCAAGGCCAUCUUAUUGUUCACUAUGAGUUUGUGGACUGUGCUGACUAAACAUGUCGUUGUUAAUUGAGCUCAUAUUGCAACGACUAGCUAGCAAGUCCAGGAAAAUUGAUUCCCGUGGAUUGUUUAUUUUUACUUGAUUUAGCAAAAGUAUGAGCAUAAUAAAGUUAUUUUAGGUAGUUACCAAACCAAUUGCAUGAAAUUGUAAGUAAGAAUGUUGUCGUUUGUUGUUUUAUUUCAUUUCAUGCAUUUUUCAUAAUAAAAGUCUA